GUCGUUGUUGGCCGACGUCCCCACCCCGGCCCCGCGGGCCCGCCCUGCUGCGGUUGCUGCCGCCGACGAGCUCCCAGUCGGGGAUGUGGAGCUGGUCGCUCUCGAGGACGGCGAGAUGUACGCGUCGGUCGGCUACAGCAACAGCCUAGAGGUGCAGUGCCAGUUCGUAUGGCUUUGCCAGCGGCACUCGCGCUGCGGCAAACUCGCACGGGUGAGGCUGCUCUGGAGCGACGACAGCUAUUGGGAUUGGUGGUCGCAGUGCGCGGGCGAGCGGGGGGCGAUCUCGCUCAGGCCUCUCGUGCACAUCUGCGAGGGUCCCGUGCCGCCGUGCGCCGCCGAGCUGCCGCCGAACUGUACGGAGCUGGUCCACACUUCGGAGGUGGUCAGGCUCACGGUCGAGGCGGCGGCGGAAUUCUGGCUGCAGCAUCGGGCCACCAACCCAGGGGCAGUGUGGCCGCAAGACCUCCUGGGGCCGCCGCCUGGAGUUGCUCGGCCCGCCGAGGCUCUCGCCGCGGGUGCCCACCCGUUCGAGGACCUCUUCGGCGAGCAGGACGAAGAGCCCUCCGCCCCCAGUGGGGUGACUGCCUUGCGCUCGCGGCUCAUGGACCGUUUCGCAGCGUUGCGGGACCGCGACAAGGGUGCCGCACCCCCCGCCGAGGGCGCGGCGCGGGCGGCACCCGCGGUCGAGGCCAAGCCCAAGGUCAAACGGUCGCUGGCGGAGGUGCUUUCGGAGCGCGCCACGACGGUUUCUCGUGGGUGGCCGAAGCUGCUGGCGACGCCCUCCCCUCCAGAUGGGGGCGCGCGUGGCUCGGGCGAGCGGGGGCCGACCGAGGGCGCGACGGCCGCGGCGGGUGCCUCCCGCGCAGCGCGGGGCCUUGCGAACGUCCUCGCACGGCUGCUGGACGGGCGCCAAGGCGGCACCGAGGAGUUGAGCCUGGAGGGCGUCACAGGCGCGGACGGAUCGCUGAUCCCGCGCGGGUUGAUGUCCAGGCGUGCUCACUGCCGCAGGGCUGCCACCGAGCAGCCUGGGCGCCUCGCCGAGGCGAGCUUGGCGCAGAUGGCGGGCUUCCUCGGCUCGCAGAAAGGGGGGCGCGCCGUCGACCCGCAGGGGGCGAUCGUGCUGCGGUGGUUCCUCACGGCGCACCUCCCGCAGCACCCCGUGCGGGAGAUCGGCGUGCCCGCGUGCCGCGAGCUGCGGGCGCCCGCGGAGGCUCUCGACCUCCUGGCGCAGUGGCGCUCGGCGGCGGUUUUGGACCUCGUCGCCCAGCGGUUCAUGGCGCCCCAGGUCGCGCCCCACGACGGGAACUGGUCAGGGGCGAAGUGGCUGGAGCUCACCCCGCCGCGCGACGAGCCCACCGCGCUGCGGGGCGAGGAGGGGCAGCAUAUCAGGGGCAUCCAGGCGGGCGAGCUCAGGUUGGACGAGCUGACCGCCAAGCUGCGCGAGCCGGGCCCUGCGGGGGUCGUGCCCCCCGCGAAGGCUGCCCCGCCGCCGAAGCCGCCAGCGGUGCUGGGAGGCGAGCUGGCCGGGGCGAAGGGCUCGAGGGCUCUUCGCGCCGCGCAGGCGGGCAGGGGGGUCUUCACGGGCGCGCGGGCCGACGCCCGCGCUGCGACCCCGAAGAAAAAGGGCGAGUCGAGCAAGGGCACCAGGCUCGCCUUGCGAGUGCCGUUGUCGGGCGUGGCCCAGAUUCCCCCUGCUUGCGGCGACAGCGGCGAAGGUGUAGCAGCGCCGAGCGCCGCGGGGGGGGGCGCGGGGGCAGGCGACGCGCGGCCGCCGCUGGAGCUGGGCGCUGCCCUGGCCGAGACGGUCGUGGCUGGGGGCAGCGCUGCGGGGACUGAGGCGGCGCCGCCUCGGCCGCUGCCGCUGCGUGAGGUGUCGGAGAGCAUGGCGGCGUGGCGCAAGAGUUCACCCGCUGAGUUUGGUCGGCCCAUGCGACGAGUCGCCCCGGCAGUCAAGCUCGCGAGGCCCCCGCGGCUGCAUCCCGGCACCCUGGGCCGCCUCGCAGGGCAGGCGCCCCCAUUCGAGGGGAGUGGCGAGAUGGCCCGGGUUCGGGAUGUGCUGCCGCUGCCUCUCCCGCCCCUCGAGGAGGUUGCGAGGUGGGCCCAGGCUGCCGAGGGCUCGCGGCGUCGCCUCGCACCCGUGGCCAGGGCGGUCGCGGCCGAGGCGUGGACCUGCAUGGGCGUGCUGGGCUUCAACCACAUGCGCUGCGGGGUCGCUCGGGGGUCGCUCCGGCUCGGGGCGACGCCGACGCUGGCGCAGGAGACGGCCAUGCAGCGCAUCCGCUCGCGGGCGACGGAGUUUGCCCAGCAGCCCUUCGAGACCGUGGCCGUCGCUUCCUUGGCCGACGCGGUCGCGACCUCGUCAGUGGACUACAGCGGGGAGCCCAUGAUGCGCGCGCCCCCUUGCGCCCUCGCGGAGCUGGCCCCAGGCCUGCCGCAGAGGGAGCACGCGGCGACCCUGAGCGCGAUCGACUUCGUUGACCACGAGGUGGCGCGCUGGCUGGCAGACCCCACGCUGGCGCUCAAGGUGGAGGCGGACUUCCCUGACCCUCUCCCGAAGGCGCGGGUCAACGUCGGCUCGCAGUUCGAGUGGGAGGCCCUGGAGAUGCACCUCGUGGAGCUCGGGAUCUUCACCGUGCCUCCCGCCGAGGAGCUGGUCCACGUCCGCGGCGAACCUCUGCUGAAUGGGCUCUUCGCUGUGGAGAAGAAGGGCGCGCCUUGGCCUGGGGCCAGCCGCGCCACGAGGCUCAUCCUGAACAUGGUACCUGGCAAAGCGCUCAUCGGACCCCUCGUGGGGGGGGCGGCCAUGCUUGCCGGAUCCGCGAUCUGGGUGUCGCUGCACAUCCCCGAGGGGAAGCUGCUCUUUUGGUCGGGCGACGACCAGAAGGGGGCCUUCUUCGCGCGGCGGGUGCCCCGUGCAUGGCGCCGCUACACGGCGGCGGGGCGGCCCCUGGCGGGCUCGCUCGGUGCACCUCGCGUCGGCGGCGAUCGCGAUGGGUUGGUCUCUGGCGGCCCCCGUGCACCAGCACAUCCACAGGUCUACAUCGACGACUGCGACGCGCCCGAGAUCGUGGAGGAUGUGCGCGCCAGGCGCCUGAUAAGCUCGCCGGCGGAGAUGCAGGUCAGGGCGCGAGCCGGCUACGACGGGGCUGGCGUCGCCUACCCAGCGGAGAAGGCGAUCGCGCUGUGCCUAGCCUCCUUCAGGCUCGAGGCCGUGCCGUGGCGGCUCGCCAUGGCGAUCCUCAGGCGCUUCGCUAGGCUCUUCGAGUUUCGCAGGCCCCUCUUCAGCGUGUUCAACGAGGUCUGCAGGCUGAGCUCGCAGCGUGGCAACGCGAGGUUCCCGGCGGCGAUGCUCGAGGAGCUGCUGGCCGUCAUGCUCGUGAUGCCGAUGGCCGCGACCUCGCUGCUCGCCAAGAUCGCAGGCAUGGCCACGGUCUCGGACGCGCCCGAGUUCGGCGGGGGCGCGCGCGCGCGUCGGUGGGCCUCCGAGCCGAGGCGGAGGCCAGCCUCAGCAGCGCCUCGACGCUGGAUGAGCAGAUGCCUGCUGCAGCUGCCCGCAGGGCCUUCGGAGCCCUGGGCGGUCGCCAACCCCCUCAUCCCGCGGGCCGUGGUUCCGAGGGCGCCCAAGGUGCUCCUCGUUGGCCUGUUCGACGGGGUUGGGGGCUUGGCGAUGGCUUUCCCGCGCUUGCCUGCACGGGUCAUUGGCGCGAUCGACUGGGGCGACGUGGCGCGAGCGGCGGCUGCUGUCGUGAACGAGCUGCGGGGCGCCUUCUGCGACGAGGCCGACCUCUGCGCGGCGGCCGCGGGCAGCCCCUGCCAGGACCUGGCCAGGCUGAACGCGUCGGGCGCGGGCUUGCGCGGCGCGAAGCCCAGCCUGUUCUACGAGGCGCCCCGCCUGCUGGAGCUCCCCAGGGCGGCGUGCGGUCACAAGCUGAAGCGGUUCGUCGAGAACGUCGCGAGCAUGACG